AAGAACGUUGACAGCUCUUUGUGAAGUCCGGGAGGAAAACCAAACCAACGAGGCGCUUCGAAUAAAAUGCCCUCCAAAGAUGUAAGGGCGUCGCAUCUUCAAACAAAGACAUAUCUCGAAUUUGCUCUGUCGUCGAAGACACAUCCCUGCAACUUGAAAUAUCCUUUUCGUACCAAAUUAAAGAACUUUCUUUAAUCUUCUUCUUCCUGUGAAUCUACGGAGGUCGGUUGGAGUAUUAGGAGUUUUUGGAGAGAGAUGGCAUCGUCGAUGAUAGCAGCAGCUGCAAAGAAUGUGAGUACAGCAGCAAGAAAACAAGCAUUGACAUUAACAGAUGCUGCAGCUGAUAGGAUACGUCAUCUUCUGCAACAAAGACAACGCCAAUUUCUUAAGCUUGGCGUUAAAGCCCGUGGGUGUAAUGGAUUAAGUUAUACUCUCAAUUACGCUGAUGAGAAAGCUAAGUUUGAUGAAGUGGUGGAGGAGAAGGGUGUAAAGAUCUUGAUUGAUCCAAAGGCACUAAUGCAUGUUAUAGGAACCAAAAUGGAUUUUAUAGAUGACACACUCAGGUCUGAAUUUGUGUUUAUCAAUCCAAACUCCAAAGGUCAAUGUGGAUGUGGAGAAUCAUUUAUGACAACAAGUAACAGUGGAUCUGCUAAGUAAACCCUCUUCAAGAAUUAUCAUUCCCAACAUGAUAGAGGUAAAUAAAGCUGUUAAAAAUUCACGUCUGUCUCUUUUUAUCUAAGCCCAAAUCAAAAUGAGGCAGUUGCUGAACAAAAGGUAUAUAUAUCAGUGAUUAUAGUCCUAUUGGUUUGUAAACACAAAUGCUUGUAUUAGCAUUUUGAAAAAUCAUGGCCAAUAUUACAUGCUAUUACAGUUUGACACACCUAAAUAUGAAUGGUAAUGUUGCCAGCUCUUUGUACAAACAGUUAUGCCUGUAUUCUUGUUCGAAAGUGGAAUAGAAGGAUAGAUUA